CGAAUCGGUUCUCCAACAAUUCCAGCGACACAUGCAGCAGCACCAGGAGCUCCAGCCAGAAAAGGUUGUUGCUUGGGGUUAGCUGCAGCAGCACGAGUGCCUCAAGCAACGGUACCAGUGGCUCCACCUCAAAUCAGCUCUCCAACAAUUCCAGCGACUUAUGCAGCGACGCCAGCUGUUUCGCCGAGAAGAGGUUGUGGUCGUGGAACUUCGAGAGGGUUGGCAGCUGUUACAGUGGAUGGUGCGGUUCAUCCAGCAACUAGUGGUAUUGGGAGGCUUGCAGGAGGAAUUGACGGCAUGGAGACUGCAGGAGCUUCGAGUAGUGGAGUGCCGUCUGAAACUGCUUGUGAAACGGUUCCAUUAACCUUCAGUGGAAUGCCAGUAGAGCCAGUUGUUAAAACGAGUGGCAUAGAAAUUGUGAAAAAGAGGACAGGAGAGUUUUACUCAGCGUUUUCUUGCCGCUCGCAUCCAGAUGGUGUAUAUCCUCUUCCUGGGUCUUUGUCUUCUAUUGUGUUGUGUCAUUCUGGCGAUGCGGUAAUUUUAAGUUGCCCGGAGGGUCUUGUUAUGGACGAGAGGGAGUUGAAGUGUGUGGAAAACGGAGGAAGAAUUCGAGGGAAGCUUGCUAUGGAAUGGGAUAUGGGACCUUCUCCUUUGGGUGUUCGCCUGUCUAUUAUGUGUCACUGCCUCGGUAUUGCAAUCGCUUCGUUUGCCCAUCGUCGCUGGUUUUCAACAAUUUGGCGCAGAGAUUUAUGUUGCGGCGUGCAGGUGAAAGCAUUUGUUUUGGUUCUACGAGUAGUGAUGAUGCAUGUGUGUCAGUCGCUGACUUUUAUAUUUGUUAUUGUGAAAACGUUGUCUGUUAAGAUGGACUUUGAUAUCACUGGAAAGUGGGCAGUGGGGUCUCGCAAAGUCAGGCCAUUAUUGUCCCUUCUGGAGAGUCCAGUGGUGAGGCUGGUUUGGGGGGCUCCGGACAAGUUGAUGGUCAGAGCAGAUUGUGGAUUCUGCAUUAGCGGUCUCAGUAUGUGUGGGUUUGGGAAUUCAGCACCAAAGAACUUUGGAGUUAGAAAGACUUUUCAAAAGGAAGUAGUUGCAGAGAGUUUCGGGGAAUCAAUUUGUGGUUUGCAGUAUUACUUUUUAUUAGGACAACCCGAAAAUUUACAACGAAUGAAUAAGUUAGUACGUGGUCAUGUAAGCGUGUAA